CGCCACUGUACGUCGGAUUCGAUUCCACAUAAAUGGUUGGUGACAUUUUGUCAUAACGCGUGUCGACCUUAAAAUUUCCGAUGAAGAAAUUAUAUUCCAACCAUGGCACAGGCAAUGAAGAAAAGUGCGUGUCCUAACCUUUUUGUUGCUGCUAUUGACUUUGGUACAACAUAUUCCGGCUACGCUUUCUCGGCCAAAGACGACUUUGAAAAGGAUCCUCUGAAAAUCAGUGCUAAUCACUGGAAUGCUGGGGCCAAGUCUCUUAUAUCUCAUAAAGCACCAACAUGUCUAUUGCUGAACCCGGACAAAUCAUUCAAGUCAUUUGGAUAUGAAGCAGAAAAUGAUUUCAUACAUCUUGCAGGUGAAAGCGAUGACGAUGACAGUGAUGAAGAGAAUGAAGAAGAAGGUUACAGGAAAUAUUACUACUUCCAUCGCUUUAAGAUGGUACUACACAACAACAAGGACCUUAGUAUGACCACAAAUGUCCAGGAUGAGAUGGGCAAGACGUUACCUGCCAUAGAUGUGUUCACCCAUGCUAUACGAUACCUGAAGGACCACUUGUUUAAAACAUUGUCUGAUUCCUUUGACGGGAUUACACUAGGAGACAUCAGAUUUGUGUUAACAGUCCCGGCUAUUUGGAAUGACAACGCAAAGCAGUUCAUGCGUUUAGCAGCUAUAACGGCUGGAAUUUCAAAAGACAACUUGACUAUAGCCCUGGAGCCUGAGGCUGCCUCUCUCUACUGUCAAUAUCACUCAUUGAAGGAUGAAAAUGAUGAGAAGGAACAGUUCAGGAAAAGUACUGGAUCCAGCAACUGCUACAUGGUGGUAGACAUUGGAGGAGGGACUGCUGACAUCACAGUUCAUGAGAAACAGCCCGACGAUUCACUGAAAGAGUUACUUGCUGCUACUGGUGGUGCAUUUGGGGGUAAAAAUGUGGACGAUGCAUUCAAGUCAUUUCUUGAAGAUGUUGUUGGAAAAGACACAAUUGAAAAGUUCAAAAAUGAAUGCAUGGAAGACUUCAUAGACAUUUUUAGGGAAUUUGAAACAAAGAAAAGGUCUGUUACCAGUGACGAGGGAAAAUCUAACAAAGUAACUAUGACUAUGCCAGUUAGUUUAAAUGAUGUAGUGAAAAAGAAUUCACCCAGGGGACAAAAACUAACUUUAAAUGAUGUGGUACCAAAUUCAAUAUAUGGAAACGAGGUUAAUUUUGCAAAAAAAAAUCAAAAACUGCAUAUUUCACACAAAGAAUUUGUGAAACUUUUUAAACCAGCUGUUGAUGGUAUAAUCAAACACAUGGAAGGUAUUUUGAACCAAAGUGACUUUUCCCAUGUGAAAAAUAUAUUGAUGGUCGGUGGAUUCUCAGAAUGUGAAAUUCUGCAGGCUUCAAUAAGAAAUAAACUUAAACAGAAUAGGAUCAUUAUUCCAGAAGAUGCUGGUCUGGCAGUGCUGAAAGGUGCAGUACUAUUUGGUCACAUUCCUCGGGCAAUAUCUGGUCGCGUGGCCAGAUACACAUACGGGAUACAGAGCUGGCCGAUGUUUAAUGACCGGUACCAUCCUCAAGCGAAGAGAGUUACUGUAGGUACGUCAGUUCGGUGCAGAGAUGUAUUUUUCAAAUUCAUUGAAAUUGGACAACAGGUGACUCCAGGUCAUAGAGAAGCCCAGGUAUUUCAGGUGCUGAAUCCUUCAGAGAAUUCACUGGAAUGUACAGUGUAUGCAUCCACUGAACGGAACCCUACCUUUGUGGAUGACCCCAGCUGCCAUCAACUUGGGAUACUGAGAGUGCCAUUUGCCCGACCAGCCAACAGUACUCAAGCUGUAGAGAUUGAGGAGACACUGAUAUUUGGAGAGACAGAGCUAAGGGUCAAGGCCAAGGAUUUGGCCACAAGUCAAGAGUAUGAAGCAACACUCAACCUUCUUGGGAACCAAAUCUGAGACAGAAUGGAGCCUUCGGAAGAAGUAAAGGGAUUCUCAUAAUCCUUAGAAAUACUCCUGCAGGAUUUUGAUAUCUUCUAAGCUGUGUUGGAACUUUUCUUGGACUUGAGUUGAUUGUAACUUUUCCGAAGCUUGUUUUUAGCUCUCCCGAGACAUGGAACUGGACAUAUGUUCCUUGUGUCCUUCAACUUAAAUUUUCUAUUGGCCACAACAAUUAUUAUCAUUUUAUAAUAUUGAAUCAAAUUUUGGUAGAGACCUGUGUUGUCAUCAUCACUUCAUAUGUAAGGAAAUCAACAGCCAAUCAAAAUCAUUCUUGUAAACAGCUGAUUAAGACUGGUUAUUUUGACAUAGUUGGCAAUGGAAAUUUCACGUUGCACUUUCAAAAAGGAACAAAAGUGCAUAUUGACCAAGGAACCUGGAUAAUUUUGUGAACUAAUGAAUAUCGUAAUUGGUCAGAUCCAAAAGUGUAGUACAUGUACAAAACUCUAUCACUUCCAUAUAUACAUGUAGUUUCAACGAUAGCUCUUGUCCAAUUUCCACUCUGAUGGGUUUGUUCAUGAUGAGGAAAGCUGGUAAUUACAACAAGCUGGCCGGAUUGCUUGGCCACCUUCAUGGGUCUGGUCAGGUCGUCAUAAUGUAAUUAACGAUAAUGACAUUCAUCAGUUAUGAAUUAUUAUUCAGAAUAAUUAUCCAGGGGAAAUUCUGUGAUUUAAAUAUCAAUGAAUAAGUGACACAAUUAUGUAGAUUAUUGUGAGACAAAUUAUGACACUAGUUGUGAUGAGUGGAUUGAUAAUUAAGGAUGUGUGAUUUGUAUAAUAUACACAUGAAUACUAUUAUACAUCUGUAAUGUAUUCAUGAGAGUAUUCAUGAGAUAUU